CGCUUCCGGCUCCAUCUCAUCUUUAGUUUGUGUAACUUGACGCAUCUGGUCCUUAAUCUCCGCAUCCAGCAUCUCUGACAAACGACUGGUGUAGGGGGGCUACAGGGUGGUGUCAACCAUGGGGGAACUGUUCAGGAGUGAGGAGAUGACGCUGGCCCAGCUGUUCCUCCAGUCAGAGGCGGCUUACUGCUGUGUCAGUGAACUGGGAGAACUGGGAAUGGUCCAGUUCAGAGACCUGAAUCCAGAUGUCAACGUGUUUCAGCGAAAGUUUGUGAAUGAAGUCAGAAGGUGUGAGGAGAUGGAUCGGAAGUUACGAUUUGUGGAGAAAGAGAUCAAGAAGGCCAGCAUUCCUACGGUGGACACCGGAGAAAACCCGGAGGUUCCUUUUCCAAGAGACAUGAUCGACCUUGAGGCGACCUUCGAGAAGCUGGAGAAUGAGCUGAAAGAGAUCAACACCAACCAGGAAGCCCUGAAGAAGAACUUCCUGGAGCUGACGGAGCUCAAACACAUCCUCCGCCGAACGCAGCAGUUCUUCGAUGAGAUGGAGGAUCCCAACCUGCUGGAGGAAUCCUCCGCCCUGAUGGAGGGCAGCGAGGGGGGGCGUGGCGCUCCACUCCGACUGGGAUUUGUGGCCGGUGUGAUCAGCAGGGAGAGGAUCCCCACCUUUGAAAGGAUGCUGUGGAGGGUGUGUCGGGGGAAUGUCUUCUUGAGGAAGGCUGAGAUUGAAGACCCUCUAGAAGACCCCACCACGGGAGAUCAAGUGCACAAAUCCGUGUUCAUCAUCUUCUUCCAAGGAGACCAGCUGAAGAACAGAGUGAAAAAGAUCUGUGAGGGGUUCCGGGCCUCUCUCUACCCCUGUCCUGAAACCCCCCAGGAGAGGAAGGAGAUGCUGGCGGGGGUCAACAGCCGCAUUGACGACCUCCAGAUGGUGUUGAACCAAACAGAGGACCACAGACAGAGAGUGUUACAGGCUGCCUCCAAGACCAUGCGAGUGUGGUUCAUCAAGGUGAGGAAGAUGAAGGCCAUCUACCACACACUCAACCUCUGCAACAUCGACGUGACCCAGAAGUGUCUGAUCGCUGAGGUGUGGUGUCCCGUCUCAGACCUGGACUCCAUCCAGUUCGCUCUGCGCAGAGGGACCGAGAGAAGUGGCUCCACAGUUCCAUCCAUACUCAACAGGAUGCAGACUAAACAGACUCCACCCACCUUCAACAAAACCAACAAGUUCACAUCGGGCUUUCAGAACAUUGUUGACGCUUACGGCAUCGGGAACUACAGAGAAAUCAACCCAGCUCCGUACACCAUCAUCACCUUCCCUUUCCUAUUUGCUGUGAUGUUUGGAGACAUGGGUCAUGGUGUGUUAAUGACCUGUGCUGCCCUGUACCUGGUCAUCCGAGAGAGUCGCCUGCUCGCUCAGAAGAGUGACAAUGAGAUGUUCAACAUGGUGUUUGCCGGUCGCUACAUCGUCCUCCUGAUGGGGAUCUUCUCCAUCUACACAGGCGUCAUCUACAACGACUGUUUCUCCAAGUCACUCAACAUGUUCGGUUCUGGAUGGAGCGUCAGGCCCAUGUUUGGCCCCAAAGGAGCAAACUGGACGAAAGAAAUUGGUGAGAAUGCAGUUCUGCAGCUGGACCCAGCCGUUCCUGGAGUCUUCAAUGGGCCUUAUCCACUUGGAAUUGACCCGAUAUGGAACCUGGCUACCAACAAGCUGACCUUCCUCAACUCCUUCAAAAUGAAGAUGUCUGUGAUCCUGGGUGUUAUCCACAUGCUCUUUGGAGUCACUCUCAGCCUCUUCAACCACCUGUACUUCAAGAAGCCCCUGAACAUCUUCCUGGGCUUCAUCCCAGAGAUUGUCUUCAUGUCAUCUCUGUUUGGAUAUCUGGUGUUGUUGGUGUUCUAUAAGUGGACGGCGUACGAUGCUUUCACCUCCAAGGAUGCACCCAGCCUCCUCAUCCACUUCAUCAACAUGUGUCUGUUUAACUACAACGACCCGAGCAACAAGCCCCUCUACAGGGGACAGAUGGGGAUCCAGGUUUUGUUGGUGCUCAUUGCCCUUGCAUGUGUACCCUGUAUGCUGAUUGUGAAAACUAUGGUGCUUCGGCGUCAGCACCUGUGGAAAAAGCACCUGUCCCAGAAGAGGGAAGAAACCCCUGCAGAGAAUCUAGAGCAGUAUUUAGAGCAAACAGACGUUUCCUCAUCAUGCACCGGACUCACCCAACAGGGCACGGCCAAGUUUGGAGGAGUCCGAGUGGGCAACGGGCCCACGGAGGAUGAGGCUGGCAUCAUGGACCACGACCAGCUGUCCCAACAUUCAGAGGAGGGGGAUGAGCAUGCAGAGGAGGAGCCGUUUAACUUCGGUGAUGUGGCGGUCCAUCAGGCCAUUCACACCAUCGAGUACUGUCUGGGAUGCAUCUCCAACACGGCGUCGUACCUGCGCCUCUGGGCCCUCAGCCUGGCUCAUGCACAGCUGUCGGAGGUGCUGUGGUCCAUGGUCAUGCACCUGGGCCUGUCCUCUCGGAGCGGGGGCGGGUUCUUUGGCCUGUCCAUCAUCUUUGCGGCCUUCGCCACCCUCACUGUUGCCAUCCUGCUCGUCAUGGAGGGGUUGUCUGCUUUCCUACACGCACUGCGUUUGCACUGGGUGGAGUUCCAGAACAAGUUCUACACGGGCCAGGGUUUUAAAUUCAUCCCCUUCUCCUUCGAGAGUAUCCUGGAAGGACGCUUUGACGAGUGACGGCCUCCAGCGUCCGUCCACUGACCCCUCCCCCCCAGUUUCCCUCCUGUUGUUGUGUGUGAGCAUGAACCCAAAUGCAGCCCUCUGUCGUCCUCUAGUGGUCAUUUGUGAAUCAGUGGUAGAUUUCUGCAGUUUUCCAGGUGAACUGUUGUGUAUCCUGUUGAAUGGAUGUGAUCAGCUCACAAUAAAGUGCAUGAAACAACUGAUAAGUAACAGACGCCAUAAAGAAGGGCCUCGAUCUGAUCCGAUGAUAUGAACUCAUAUAUUCAGUCAUUUGAACCUGUUCAACUGUCCUCCCUCCAAUAUGCAUAUGUUUUCAUUCCAUUCAAGUUCAAUACAUGAAAGUAGCAUGAUGUUUGUACCUGAUGUAUAUGUAAGACUCAAACACCUGCAAUAUGUAAUUGUGUUGUUUAAAUCUUAAAACAUU